AUGAUCGCACCAAGCACCACAAUCGACGUGCCGCCGACCACCGCAGGUCCCAAGCUGCAGCCAGGUCUCGAGUCCGGCCAUGCGCUCAUGGAGCACGGCGAGGCCGCCUUCUACGACUUCGUCGCUCAACAGCUCGAGCCCGCUCUGGGACGAACGCUGCCACAGAUGGAGGUGCGGUGUAAGAACCUGUCCGUGGUGGCCGAAGUCUCCGUUGUCGAGCAGAAGCAGAGCGGGGCCACGUCCGAGCAGCCCUCCGUCUACAACAGCCUCAAGCACAUCGUCCGCAAGCUCACUGCCACCCGACAUGUUACGGAACGACACGUGCUCAACCGCGUGGACGCUGUGUUCGAACCGGGCACCAUCACAUUGGUCCUCGGACAGCCCGGGUCCGGUAAGUCGUCGCUCAUGAAGAUAUUGAGCGGUCAGUUCCCGAUGCAGAAGAAUGUCACGGUGGACGGAGACAUCUCGUACAAUGGAAGCCCCUGGAAGGAGCUGCUGCCGAAGCUGCCACAAUUGGCCGCGUACGUUCCGCAGACCGACAAGCACUUUCCGACCUUGUCUGUGCAGGAGACGCUCGAGUUCGCCCAUGCAUGUUGCCCCGAGGAAGUGACGUCUCGACGUGGAAAGGAGAUGCUAUCGUGUGGCACGCCUGAGCAGAACGAGACGGCGCUGCGAGCUGCCGAAUCGCUCUACAAGAACUAUCCGGACGUGAUCGUGGAGCAGCUCGGUCUGCAGACUUGUCGUGAUACAGUAAUCGGCAACGCGUUGAAGCGCGGCGUGUCCGGCGGCGAGCGUCGGCGCGUGACAACCGGCGAGAUGGAGUUCGGCAUGAAGUACGCGACGUUCAUGGACGAGAUCAGCACGGGCCUGGACAGCGCGGCCACGUUCGACAUCGUCUGCACGCAGCGUGAUAUCGCCAAGAAGCUGCACAAGACGGUGGCGAUGGCGUUGCUGCAGCCUGCGCCGGAAGUGUUCGAGCUCUUCGACAACAUUUUGCUGCUGAACGAUGGCGAAGUUAUGUACCACGGGCCUCGAGAGCACGUGGUGCCGUACUUCGAGAGCUUGGGCUUUGUCUGUCCGCCGGACCACGACGUGGCCGACUACCUGUUGGAUCUGGGCACGGACCAGCAGUACCAGUACGAGGUGGCGAAGGCGAGCACCCACGCAUCCUUCUCCGUUCAGUCUCCUCGACUGGCGAGUGAGUUUGCGGAUCUGUUUCGCCAGUCGGAAAUUCACCAGCAAAUCAUGCAAACUCUGGACGCGCCUUGGAGUGACGAGCGUGUGCGUGAUGGCAAGGAGCAUCUGAUGAAGAUGCCUGAGUUCCGACAGUCGUUUUGGGCCGGCACCCUGACUGUAAUGCGCCGGCAGAUGCUUCUGGCGCUUCGCAACACGGAUUUCAUGCGGGUUCGGGCGCUAAUGGUGGUUGUCAUGGGUCUCAUCUACGGCAGCACGUUCUUCGGGUUUGACCCGACAAAUGCUCAGGUGGCGUUGGGCGUACUGUACCAGACCACCAUGUUCCUGGCCAUGGGCCAGGCAUCUCAAACCCCUGUGUUUAUCGCAGCCCGCGAGAUCUACUACAAGCACCGGCGGGCCAACUUCUACCGCACUUCGUCGUUCGCGAUCGCGUGUCUGACGGCGCUGGUGCCAUCGGCUUUUGCCGAGUGUCUGGUGUUCAGCUGCUUCGUGUACUGGAUGUGCGGCUUCGUCGGUGGCGUGGGCUACUUCCUGUUCUUCCUGCUCUGCAUGGUUCUCACCAACCUCGCACUGUGCGCGUGGUUCUUCACGCUGACGGCCAUGGCCCCGAAUUUCAACAUCGCCAAGCCCUGCUCGACGUUCUCCAUUACGUUUUAUGUCGUCUUUGCUGGGUUCGUGGUGCCCAAGACGCAGCUUCCGGCCUUCUUCCUGUGGAUCUACUGGCUCAACCCGCUCGCGUGGUGUCUGCGUGCAGUUGCCGUGAACCAGUAUCGCUCGCCCAAGUUUGACGUUUGCGUGUACGCGGGUGAAGACUACUGCUCUCAGUACAACAUGACCAUGGGCGAGUAUUCGUUGUCGCUGUACGACGUACCGUCAAACAAGGCGUGGGUGUGGGGUGGCGUGUUGUUCCUGCUGUUCUCGAUCGCGUUCUUCGUGGUGGCCGGCAGCUACAUUCUCGAGCACAAGCGGUACGACGUUCCUGCUGCCACGGUGGCAGUUGUCGCCAGCUUCGUCGAUGACAAGGAAAAGAGCGAGCUGGACGACAUUCCGGAAGAGCAAGAGCAGCCAAGCCGUCCGGACGGAACAGCCAGCUACGUCAUGGUCGCCACUCCACGAGCUGCCUCAAGCUCACCAGCACAAGAAGAAGCGCCGUCAGACAUGGUCGUGGUAGACCUGCACGAGGAACAGGCAAGACACGAGUCUAUCGACCUACUCAAGGGCAUCAGCGGAUACGCUCUACCUGGUACCAUGACGGCCCUCAUGGGGUCGUCGGGUGCUGGUAAAACAACCUUGAUGGACGUGAUCGCUGGCCGCAAGACUGGAGGCACCAUCCAGGGCGAAAUUCUUCUCAACGGAUACCCCGCGACUGAGCUGGCCAUUCGACGAUGCACAGGAUACUGCGAGCAGCAGGACAUCCACUCGGAGGGGGCCACCAUCCGAGAGGCGCUCACGUUCAGCGCCUUCUUGCGCCAGGACAGUAGUGUAUCGGAGCGUGCCAAGUUGACGACCGUGGAGGAGUGUCUGGACUUGCUGGAUCUGCGCCCCAUUACCGACCAGAUCAUCCGCGGUCGAUCGCAGGAGCAAAUGAAGCGCCUCACUAUCGGUGUCGAACUCGCGGCGCAACCGAGUGUGCUGUUCCUGGACGAACCCAUCAGCGGCAUGGACGCUCACUCGGCCAAGGUGAUCAUGGACGGCGUGCGAAAUGUGGCGGACAGCGGCCGCACCGUGGUGUGCACGAUCCACCAGCCCUCGUCCGACGUCUUCUUCUUGUUCGACAGUCUGUUGCUGCUGAAGCGCGGCGGCGAGACGGUGUUCUUCGCCGGACGACCGCACCUGAUCGACUACUUCGAGGCGAUCCCGGAGGUGGCGCGUUUGCCCGAGGGUCAGAACCCAGCCACGUGGAUGUUGGAGUGCAUUGGUGCUGGAGUGGCUGGGGCGGGCGAGAAACCCAUGACGGACACCGCUGCAAAUGUUGACUUCGUGCAGCACUUCCGUCAGAGCACCGAGCAACAGGCUUUGGUUGAAGGUCUGAACCAACCGGGCGUGUCGAUGCCGGCUCCUGAUCGCCUGCCAGAGCUGAUCUUCACGCGCAAGCGUGCUGCGAGUCCGCUGACCCAGCUUCGGAUGCUGAUGAGCCGGUUCAUGACCAUCUACUGGCGUACGCCGUCGUACAACUUGACUCGCUUCCUGAUCGCGUUUGCUCUCGCGGUGGUGUUUGGAUUGGUCCUGAUCGAUGGCCACUACACGACGUACCAAGGCCUGAACUCGGCGAUUGGCAUCAUCUUCAUGACGGCGCUGUACCAGGGCUACAUCACGUACGUCGGCUGCCUGCCGUUCACGCUGCGCGAGCGCGCCUCGUACUAUCGUGAGCGUGAUAGCCAAACGUAUAAUGCGCUCUGGUACUUCGUCGGCGCCACGGUCGCCGAGAUCCCGUACGUGUUCGGCAGCGGCCUCCUGUUCACGAUCAUCUUCUUCCCACUGAUGGGCGUCGGAUCGUUCGGAACGGCUGUGCUGUACUGGGUCAACGUGUCGCUGUUCGUGCUGAUGCAGACGUAUCUGGGCCAGCUCUUCAUCUACGCCAUGCCGAGCGUCGAGGUGGCGGCUAUCGUGGGCGUGCUGAUCAACGCCAUCUUCCUGCUGUUCGCCGGCUUCAACCCGCCCUCCGGAUCCAUCCCGGACGGCUACAUGUGGCUCUACCACAUCACGCCCCAACGGUACUCGCUCUCCAUCCUCGUGUCGAUCCUGUUCGGCAACUGCCCCGAAGACCCGACGUUCGACGAAGCCACGCAGACGUACAUCAACGUGCGGUCGGAGCUGGCGUGCCAGCCGCUGCAGAGCACGCCGCUGUCCGUCGGCCACACGACCGUGAAGGGCUACAUCGCGGACGUGUACAACAUGAAAUACGACGAGGUGUGGAGCAACUUCGGGUGCGUCUUCAUCUUCCUCUUUGUGUUCCGCUUCUUGUCGCUGUUGGCGCUCCGGUACAUCAACCACCAGAAGCGGUAG